GCAGUGACUGAUCCGCGUGUUUAGGGGAGCAAGAACUUAAUCUGGGACGAGUCAACGCAUUUUUCGCGUUUCAUGCUGAUUUGCCAUCUCUUAAAUUGGCGAUAGGCUUUAUGAAAUUGAAGAGAGUCAGGGUUUAAGCUUCAGUGCCCCCACCCCGAACAAAAAUCUACAGCCCUCGUAAACCCCUGUGAUUUCCUCGUCUUAAAGUUUGCAAAGGAAGAAAUUUCUACAAACAGCUAUGCGCACACGCAAAAUGUAAUCCAAACUACGAUCUGUCAACAGAUCUACAUGUCUGCAGCUGUGCCUGUGCAUGUGGCGACCCGGAACCCUCCCCCUGCAGGUCAUCCCUGAACCGAAUUGUUUGAGGGGGAAAAGGUGGCGCGGGGGGCGGCGCAGGCGGGGCUCCGUUCUCGCACACCAUUGGAAUUCGCAGUCCGCCUUCUCCGAAUGAGCUGCUCCGGACCGCUGUGGCAAAGGGAGACGCCGGGGUGAACACCAGCGAACCAUCAGCCAGCCAGACAGCCAUCCGGAUAGGACCUCUAUAUCGCGAUAAUAUGUGGCAGCCAGCGACAGAGAGACUGCAGCACUUCCAGACGAUGCUGAAGUCCAAGCUGAACGUGCUGACCCUGAAGAAGGAGCCGCUGCCGACCGUCGUGUUCCACGAGCCGGAGGACAUCGAGCUCCGGUCCACCUCGCCGCUGGCCAAGAGCCGAGCCCCCACCGGCUACAAGGUGGCGUACCUGGGCAAGGUGACGAUCUCGGGGUCCCAGUUUCCGUCGGGGUGCACGGAGUCGGCGGUGACCGGGCUGUGGGAGGGGCGGGGCCGGGCCGCCCCCGAGGCCGACGCCCUCUUGGAGAUCCGCCCCUUCCAGGUGCGCCUGCGGCGGCUGGACGAGCGGGGCGAGGCGGCCUCGGUCGCCGCGGAGACGCAGCAGGUGUCGCGCAUCGCCUACUGCACGGCGGAGCACGCGGUCAGCCCCAGCGUGUUCGCCUGGGUGCACCGCCGCAUCAACGACGACCUCAGCUUCCAGCUGGACUGCCACGCGGUGGAGUGCGGCAGCCGGGUGGAGGCCAAGCGCCUGGCCCACGCCAUGAUGGAGGCCUUUCGCCAGACCCUGCACCGCAUGCACAGCGAGGGCCGCAUACAGCCCCCCCCCGCCGGAGACUCCGCCCCCGGAAUGAUUUAAAGAUUUAUGUGACCGCGCCCCACCUGCCCCACCCCCCCCCCCCCCAAACCUGCCCGCGUGGGGAACAGAGAGAGAGGGGCUGCCUCACUGGACAGUAGCGGCUGAUAAAGAAAGGGUGGAGUGCGGGUUGCCUUUUUUUGGGGGGGGGGGGUGAUGGGGUGGGAGUGGGAGUACAGGUGGGGUGAGAACUUGGGGACCUAACGCAAAGAAAAGUAACAUGGAUACCGUCUAGUUCAACCUGUACAGCUGUGCAGGUCCGACAGAUACAGUCUAGUUCACCUGCACACCUGUACAGCUGUGCGGGUCCGACAGAUACAGUCUAGUUCACCUGCACACCUGUACAGCUGUGCGGGUCCGACAGAUACAGUCUAGUUCACCUGCACACCUGUACAGCUGUGCGGGUCCGACAGAUACAGUCUAGUUCACCUGCACACCUGUACAGCUGUGCUGGUCCGACAGAUACAGUCUAGUUCACCUGCACACCUGUACAGCUGUGCGGGUCCGACAGAUACAGUCUAGUUCACCUGCACACCUGUACAGCUGUGCGGAUCUGACAGAUACAGUCUAGUUCACCUGCACACCUGUACAGCUGUGCGGGUCCGACAGAUAGUCUAGUUCACCUGCACACCUGUACAGCUGUGUGGGUCCGACAGAUGCAGUCUAGUUCACCUGCACACCUGUACAGCUGUGUGGGUCCGACAGAUACAGUCUAGUUCACCUGCACACCUGUACGGCUGUGUGGGUCCGACAGAUACAGUCUAGUUCACCUGCACACCUGUACAGCUGUGUGGGUCCGACAGAUACAGUCUAGUUCACCUGCACACCUGUACAGCUGUGCGGGUCCGACAGAUACAGUCUAGUUCACCUGCACACCUGUACAGCUGUGCGGGUCUGACAGAUACAGUCUAGUUCACCUGCACACCUGUACAGCUGCUGUGGUUUUUGAGGGCUCAUUCUGCUACUCUGACUUUGCCGCAGCAACCUUGACUGAACAUAAUGGGAGUCCCUCAGUGCUCUUGAGUUUGACUUUACAUUUGAAUGAAUUUUUUGCCGUCGUAACAAAUGUGACACAUUCCUUAAUUGCCUUCUGACAGUGAGGGGAGACUUGCGGUGUGUGUGUGUGUUACCGUGGAGCUUUUGGAGAUGGCGGUAUAGACCUGGGUGGGGGGGUGGGGGGGUGGGGGGUUCGGGGGGGUGCGGGUGGUUUCGUUUGAUUGACGAGUGGACGACUUUUAAGUUCUGCAGCUCUUAAACGACGUUACGUCCGACUCAGUCCUCAGGACUGAAGCCAGGGCAGUUGCAGUAUACUGGCCGUGCAGUAUUUCCGUUUGAAAACUUUUCUGUUUGAAAUCUUUUUGUUGAAGAAAUUUUUUUCAGCACGUGUCCAUGUCGAUGUCUGAAAUUAAUUUCAAGCUGUUUGGUUCGAUGUGCGGUACCAACCGAGAGGGUGGCAUUACUAGUAUUAAAUGUUAAAAUAGAUGUACGUGGCAUAAUUUGUACUCGUGCUGGGUUGAACAUUUUUAAAUCCAGUACUUUUUUAAAGAGAAUAUGUGCCAUAUAUUUGUGUGCCUGUGUGUGUGCGUGUGCGUGUGCGUGUGUGUGCGCGUCAAAUAAAAAUAUUAAGGUCACUAAAUUUAGUCUGUAUUUCAGGGAUAUAUUGAUGGAACCCUUCAGAGCUGAGUCUGGUGAGAGUCAAAGCUAAGGCCCUGUAUUUCGGCUGAAAACCACACACUCCAUUACAUCACUUAGUUCGCAGUCAUGUUUUUGGUUUGUGAAUUGUGAGGGGACCGUCUGCCGUUUUUGUUUGCUGUCAAGGUUGUGAUGGGAGACUGAGGCUUCGUUAAGCCCACAGUAGGCGGAGCUGCCCUUUCACCCCCUGAUCUGAACCAAUCACGUAUCUGCUGUGAAGUCUUUUUAAUUGGUUAAAUCUGUGAUUGACGGCUUACUGUAGCUCCACCCAUUUUGGGGCGAAUGAGACCUCUCUCCUCGACUGUCAGGUGCCUGUGUCCAAUCUUUAGUUCACUCUCAGGACUUUCUCGUCAGGAAUUUUCACAAAGUCUGAGGCCUACGUCUACACGUAGAGGGACGUUUUUGAAAACGCUUUAAAAAAAUAAAAAUAAUAAAAAAUCCCCGUCCACGCGCAAUACAUUCCUGGACUGAAUAUGCCGGCACUGAACAUGCACAGCAAAAUAAGGCUGUGCUCCGCGCCAAUUUUCCGACGUGGUUUACGGGAUGUGUGGUUUGCACGAUACGCGGGAAGCUCCGCUUUCGUCCGUCCACACGAAAAUACCGAAAAUGCCGUUUUCAACGAUCUCUGCGUCGGAGAGCGUCUUUGAAACGCUUCGUUUUUUUGCGAUUGUGGACAGGAGGCUAAAAUUGUUGCGUUUUCCAAAAAAUAUCCAUCUACCUGUAAAUCAAGCCUCAAUCCAAAUUGCAGUAGGGGACCCGUUAAGCUCCUGUCUUUGAAGUUUUCCUAUAAGCUCGUAAAUGAAACUAUUUUAACGGUUUUGUUUUUCAGACAUAGCAUAGAAUUUUUAACGGUACUAUUGUAAGUAAGCAAAAUGGAAGAAGUACGAUGUUGAUUUGCCAACUGUGAUUCUGAAUCCUCCCGCUUUGUGGCUAAGAGGCUGCAGGGGAUCAAUGUGAAGAAUGAGGGCCGUAUACAAUCAAAUCACAGGGCGGGCUGCGGUCAGGCCCGUCUCAGAAUAAAUGUAUCAUGUUUCAUUAUCUGUUUUCUACACUGUAUUUGAACAUAUAAAGCAACAGAAUAUAUAAAGUAUUUACCCAGA